UAUGUUUUGCGGAAAGAAAUGUAUUCAAAUAUAAACAACUAUUGACGAUCAUUGACGGUAUCGGUAUGAUUUAUAACUAAAUUUAAUCGGUACUUAAACAACAUUACAAAAUAUGGACAAUGUCGAACAACUCACAUUCAUGUUCGGGACAUUUUGCUACUCCAUCUGUCCACCAGACACUUGAUGAGCUGGAUUUUAGAAGAGGGAUAUGGACAUCUGCGCUUGAUGGAGAUGUUGACGACGUUGAGAAACAUUUAUUGAAAGGGGAUUCUCCAAAUCUUACUGAUAACUCUGGUUAUACAGCUCUGCAUUAUGCAUGCAGACAUGGGAGGAAAGCAGUGUGUGAGUUGCUCCUGAAACAUGGUGCUAAUCCUAACUCUAUGACCAAGUCUGGAAGAGUUACCCCCCUUCAUCGAGCUGCAUACUGUGGACAUGAGGAGAUUGUCUCCCUUCUAUUGAAGAAUAAAGCAGACCCUCUAAUUCAGGAUGAAGAUGGCAAGACAGCAUUACACAAGGCUGUAGAACAGGGGAAGACAACUGUGAUGAAGAUGAUUGUAGCUCACUGUCCCAGUAGUACCACUGUUUUGGAUUCCAAGAACAGAAAGCCUGUAGAGUGUGCGCCAACAGAUAGACAGGACAACCUGACAUUUCUUAUUGAAGCAGAACAUAAACACAAAAUGGAGAGAACAACUUAAAACAGAGCUAUUCUUUCUACUUGCUGUAGAAAGUUCACAACUUCUUAUUGACAAUAGUGAGACACUGCAAAGAGUAGUCUCAUUGAACAUGUUGUCAUUGUACAUUGUAGCUACUGAACUGGGUUAAUUACACUUUUAGCAUGUGUUUCCUUUCUGUAACAUGUACUUCCGAUUCGAAGGCUUUCCAUGAUUAGACACAUGCAAAUGUCUGACUUAGUUUAGGGUUAUUCUAGUAAAUUGUUUGUAUGUUUAAGUGGUUUUACUGAUUCGUUACCAGUAGUUUGAUUAUCCAAUCCGGUUAUCCUGUUUAAGGAUAGCCCCACCCUUUAAAAGAACAUUUAAGUUUGCACUUUCAAGAAAAAAAAUGCAUGUAAUGGGGCCGUGGUGGCCAAGUGUUUAAGGCAUCUGACAUUCUGCUUCGAAUAGCCCUCCACCACUGGGUAGCGGGUUCGAGACCUACGUAGAACAGUAGCCAGGUUCUGGCCAUUGGUCCGGGGUUUUUCUCCGGGAACUCCGGCUUUCCUUCCCCACUAAAGUCUGGCACGUCCUUAAAUGACCAUAGUUGUCAAUAGGAUGUAAUGCAGACAUUGCCUCCAAACACUUGCAUGCUAAGAAAGUAUUAUAUUUUGUCAUCUUGGUUCAUGGGAUAUUGGUAAUUAGAUAUAAACCCUUAUAUAUUAAUGAAGCGAUUGAAAAAAACCCCACAAUAAUGCAAAGAUUGAUAACACAUGUAUUACUUCAUUAUUAUAUAGUGCUGGAUAACACACUUUAAGGCACAUCAUGGUGUGUUAUAUAAGACUCUUUCAUGCCCAGGGGUGUAUAGGAUAGGGAAUAGCCACCCGAGCAGUUUUAAAAUUUGAUAGAACUUGAGGCUACUGAGGUAUAAUGUGUAAGUUGUGAAACAUACAAGGAAAGAUAACUGUAACAACAAUCACAGACAAAGUGUUUAAGGUAGCCAAUCACAGACAAAGUGUUUAAGGUAGCCAAUCACAGAUAAAGUGUUUAAGGUAGCCAAUCACGGAUAAAGUGUUUAAGGUAGCCAAUCACAGACAAAGUGUUUAAGGUAGCCAAUCGCUUUUACAGGAAUAUCAAACGUCUUGUUUGGGUGAAUAUUGGUUACACGAAACAAACAUAGAAACAUUAUGGAGGACUCAACUUUACAUUGGUUAAUUCUUCAUUAAUAAAAAGCACUGAACUAGUGUUUUUGUAAAUCUUUAAUUAUGCUGAUACAAAUAACUUCUACAUAAACAUAUUUUUAGGAAACAAAACAUAACAAACAAGACUUGUGCUACCUAAAUUGACUAAAUGUAUUAUUAUUAUUAUUGUAAUUAUUUUGCAUGUAUAACAUUUUAAAAUGGUGUUUUGAUGUUGGUCCCAUUUGCUGAUAAUACCACGAGUACCAUGGAGAAUCAAAUCUCAUGUAACUGAGAAUAAAUUGAUAAACAUUA